UUUAAAUCUGAAUCGAUUAAGCCAAUGCACGUGGCCCAUGGUGCUUGUCUAUAAUUAUAGCUAGCUAGGCAGCAAAUUAUAUAUUUGCCAGAAUUCAACGGUUAUCCGAUCCAAUACAAGAUGUAUACGAUACCCCUUUCUCUUCUAGAAAUAGAAACUUUAAUAGUGAUAAUAAUAAUGUACUCCUAAUUGUCUUGUUUAUAUAAUAUAAUCGAAGAACAGUGGUUCAAGUGGGUUCACAGGCGUGGGGAGGAAAUGGCGGAAAGGUCAAAGAAAGUGGCUUGGUGGAGAUGCUCAGGCCUGGUAGAGGCUUGAAAUCCUAUCUUGCGCACUUGUGAAGCUAUUCUAUAUAAGAGAAGGACACUUCCUCAGUUGAACACACGAAAUCAAUUUAGGAGCUCCCUUUAAGCCGAAAAGAGAUGGCAAGUAGUAACAUCAGGACGCACUUUUGCAGCUCCACCUUGAUCUUUCUUUUAUUGCCCUUACUCUUGCAAUUUUAUUCUGGUAAAAGUGAGCUCCAAUUCAAUUACUACGCGCAAAGCUGCCCAAGAGCUGAAGAGAUCAUCAAAGAACAAGUCAUUAAGCUGUACAAUAAACAUGGAAACACAGCUGUUUCAUGGGUCAGGAAUCUCUUCCAUGAUUGCAUAGUCAAGUCAUGCGAUGCGUCACUCUUGCUGGAGACCGUGAAUGGAAUUGAAUCAGAGAAAGCAUCGCAAAGGAGCCUUGGAAUGAGGAAUUUUAAGUACGUAAACACCAUAAAAGCGGCCCUGGAGAGUGAAUGCCCUGUGACAGUCUCUUGUGCUGAUAUUGUUGCUCUUUCAGCUAGAGACGGCAUUGUCAUGUUAGGAGGACCGAGGGUCGAGAUGAAAACAGGGCGGAGUGACAGCACCGAAAGCUAUGGAGCAGUGGUCGAAGACUUCAUCCCUAAUCACAAUGAUAGCAUUUCGUUGGUACUUUCCCGCUUUCAAUCCAUUGGCGUUGACGUUGAAGGAACAGUUGCUCUUUUAGGAAGUCACUCUGUUGGCCGAGUUCACUGCGUGAAUCUAGUACACAGGAUCUACCCUACAGUUGAUCCAACUAUGGACCCUGAUUAUGCUGAGUACCUUAAAGGCCGGUGUCCGACCCCAGAUCCCGAUCCACAGGCAGUUCUAUAUGCAAGAAAUGAUCGUGAAACACCAAUGAUCCUUGAUAAUUACUACUACAAAAACUUAUUGGGCCACAAGGGACUUCUCAUGGUGGAUCAACAAUUGACUUCUGAUCCACUUACGUCUCCAUACGUUGAGAAGAUGGCUGCUGAUAAUGGCUACUUCCAUGACCAAUUUUCAAGGGCUGUGGUGUUGUUGUCAGAGAACAAUCCACUUACUGGUAACCAAGGAGAGAUAAGGAAGGAUUGCCGCUAUGUUAAUAGCAAUUAGCAAAUUGCUAGAAACAAAUGUCCCUGGUUAAUUAAAUAGCAACUUGCAAUUUCUUCAUACAAGCGAUGUAUAUGCUUGUGAAUUGUGAUGGGAUAAUAAGAAAAAGUCACAAAGCUUGAAGAGCUUGCGUAUGUUUUUGGGCGUACCUAGGCCCUUUGUGGAAAUGAAAUGCUUCUAAAAUAUUAUGUCA